GGUGCAUCUUCCUUUUGUACGAAUCUCAGCUGAUGAGAAAGCAGAUGAUCCAAGGAUCCGGGGAUGGUCAUAUAUCUUUCUCCUCGUUGAACCCCGCAAUGUGAAGUGGGAGUUGCCGAGCAUCCCCCUACCUUGUACUCCAAAACCCCCUCUUUGCGAGCUUGGACGUUUUGCCGUUUUUUGUGUUUUAGACCCGACGCGGAUCAUCGAAGAAAUAUGGCGGGCGAUAAGAAAGACCCCGACCAAGCCGAGCCCUCUCGAGUAUCGGAUACACCAGGCAGCGACUAUGCCUCCGCAUCAUCUUUACCUCCCAUGCGAUCAACGCUUUCGGUUCGGAGAGGUUACGGAACCCUAGAUGCGCAGUCCCUCGAUUCGUCGUCCGAGGUACGUCAGGACGAAACCACCCAGGACGAUCACUUGAGCCGCGCCUUUACCUCCUCGUCUGCCGUACCUGAUCGGCCUCGAAAGCCUUCGGUCACCCGUCGCAUGUCUUCGAAACGACAAGUGCCCCACAAGGGCCAGGAAUUCUCCACUGACGAUGAUGUCAAAGAAGUUGAGCAGGACUUUGCCCUACAUAAGGCUUCGUCCAUGCAGCAGCUGUCUCCUAGGAUUCGUCCUAUUCGGGGUCAGAGCUCCUCGUUGCGUCGCCAUGUCAGUGCUCGUGCCAUCCCAUUGCUGAGGGACGAAUCGGACAACCUGAGUGUGGAUAAUACCAUCUUGCCAAAGCCCAACUUGGACCUAGUCGAAGACGACUCAUCAAUCGGACAGUCUGAUGGCGCUAGUGACAUUGGGGUCGAGGAUGAAUCCCCUGUGUCCGAGGAGGAUGAAGGGGUGACCAGUGAUGCCGAGAGCUUUACGCUAAAGGAUCGCCAGCAAGCGAUCAACGAGACUCAUCCUUUUGGUAUCAGAAUCUGGAAGCCCGCUCUUUACAAGAAGAGUCGCUCGGUAGAGAAAACUGCCGAGGGCGAUAUUCACUCGUCUCCUGGGGGUCGUGUGAGCCCCAUACUCUUUUUGACAAACCUGCUGUGGUCAGUUCUCUUUGGCUGGUGGUUGGCUUUGGCUGCCUUGCUGGCUGCGAUCGCAUGCUUCUUCUGUGCUUUCUCUUCCAGCGCCGUCGCGUAUGGAAGGGUGUUCGCAGGACUCUCGCGCUACUUGCUCUAUCCGUUCGGCUCCUUUGUUCUUCUAAGAACGGAUGAUAAUUAUGCGGAAGAAGAUGAGGGUGAAGGCCGCAGCAUCAGCGAGUAUGAACAAUGGCAGAACGGUGACUUGGAACAUGGCCGGCUCUUCUUCGGACCUCGCAGAGACCGAUCUCUCGUGGGACGGCGCCGCAACAGCGUUGACUCUGCUGGCGAGCAGGACAGUCUCCUCGGCCGGCCCCAACGUGGACAAGGCGAGGAUUCGCAGUUCAGCCCUUCCAAACGUCGACUAUUCGGUCGUGGGGAAUGGACCCUCGGCCGAGUCGUGUUCUUUGUAUUUUUCUAUUUCCUGGUGGGACCUUUGAUGCUCAUAGUCUCCUUGAUCUGCUGGCUACUCGUCUUCUGGAUCCCAAUGGGACGAGUAACCACCAUUUUGGUGAGCCAUCUGCGACGCCAUCCCUUAGCCUUGUCAUUCCACUCCGAUACCUCCUAUUCCCGACUUGCCACGGGUUCUUCAUCCUCGUCCAUCCUUUUGUGCACCUAUCGCGCGGCUGGAACGAGAUACUGGAAGUACACCAUCGACGGCACCAACAUCUUCUUCAUCAACUUGCUAGCUCUCGUCGCCUUCGUCAUUUUCGACUACUUCGUGCUGGACACGUUCCUGGGCAUCGAGUCCUGGCUGACUCACCCCGGGCUGAUUUUCACUCUCUCCUUAUUCUCCAUCAUUCCUCUAGCCUACUUCAUCGGCCAAGCUGUGGCAUCCAUCUCAGCCCAGUCGUCAAUGGGCUUGGGUGCCGCAAUCAAUGCCUUCUUCUCCACUAUCGUAGAAGUCUAUCUCUAUUGUGUUGCCCUGACCGAAGGCAAGUCCCAGCUUGUGGAAGGAAGUAUCAUCGGUAGUAUCUUCGCCGGUAUCCUCUUCUUGCCCGGUUUGUCCAUGUGCUUCGGUGCUAUCAAGCGCAAGACGCAGCGAUUCAAUGUGAAGUCCGCCGGUGUGACCUCGACCAUGCUGUUGUUUGCCGUCAUCGCAGCCUUCGGUCCUACCCUUUUCUAUCAGGUCUACGGAAGUCACGAGCUCAACUGUCAUGCAUGCGUUCGAGAGUACGACCCAGAAAGCAGAGACUGCCGCCGAUGCUACUUCUCCCAGAGCGCCGCUGUUCAUGAUGCAUUCUUUGAAAAGGCAGUCCAGCCAUACGCAUGGUUCUGUGCCGUUUUCCUAUUCCUGUCAUACAUCAUUGGUCUCUGGUUCACCCUACGCACUCACGCCGCCUUGAUCUGGGCCACUGAGAACGAGGAAAAGGAGAAGAAGGCGGCCCAUCAGCAAAUCUCUGAUUCGUUUACUUUCGAGCCACGGCAUCUGCUUCUCCCGCCUGGUGCUGCGGAGGCAUCGGGUGCAAUCACUAGCCACAAAGACUCCAUUCGCGAGUCUCAGCUUUACAAGCGUAUCCUUGGUCAAUCGUUGAGACAGGUUGGCUUGGAAGAUACCAGUGGCGCCAACUGGGAUCAGGUGGAAAGCGGCUCUACGUCGGACAAAAAGGCUAACAUCCCUCACCUGGUGCCUCCACGUUCUAGCGGGGAUAAGAAUUGCAACGUGUCAAAGGCUAUCCAUGGUCUCUCUGGAGAGGAUAAUGAGCGACUUGUGCGUCAAGUCACUGAAGUGGCGGCCACGGCUGCUGCAGUAGCUGCUCGUGACGCGGCGCGUAGUCGCAAAUACUCAACCCAGCAGGGCUCUUCCUCCACCCGCCAAGCUGGUCGCACUCCGGCAGAUCAGGCAAAGACUCAACCUUCGGCUGAGGACAACGAGGAUAUUGGUAUUGUCGCGGAGCCGGCGCACAAUGGCGGUGGCCAUGAUGCUCCGAACUGGAGCAAGGCAAAGAGUUCCAUCAUUUUGCUGGGUGCUACAGUUCUCUAUGCCAUUAUUGCAGAGAUCUUGGUCAACACAGUGGAUGUGGUAUUGGAAAGUGUGGAUAUCGAUGAAAAGUUCCUCGGUAUCACGCUGUUUGCCCUGGUGCCGAAUACAACUGAGUUCCUGAACGCCAUUUCAUUCGCCAUGAACGGCAAUAUCGCCCUGUCUAUGGAGAUUGGUUCCGCUUAUGCGCUUCAGGUCUGCCUGUUGCAGGUGCCAGCCGUGGUCCUCUUCAGCGCCCUCUACACCCGAUCCAUGGACCCCGCCGAGCUCGUCAGCCACUCUUUCAAUCUAAUUUUCCCUCAGUGGGAUAUGAUCACCGUCAUUCUUUGCGUUUUCUUGCUCUCUUACGUCUACGGCGAAGGCAAGAGCAACUACUUUAAAGGAUCCGUUCUCGUCCUGACCUAUCUGGUCGUGGUGAUUGGUUUCUACCUCUCGGGCUACAGCAACAUGGACACUCUGGGCGUGGACCGCUUCGACACCCUCGCCCUGGGCGUAAGCCAAUCCGAAAAAUUCUACACCGUCGGUCGCUCGCGCUCCGGUGCAGCAUUCUAACUUACACAUAAUCGCCCGAUCCUCACCCCUCGCACUAAUGGCUAUGGCAAUGUCUCGUGUUCUUCAGAAAAGUUCAGCACAGGACAGCAGGGGCUGAGCUUUUUCUUGCGUAUCAUAAUCUUCUUUGCAUAGCGGAUUUGAAGUUUGCAUUCAUGACCCCUCGAUGGCUUUUUUUACCCCGACUCGUCUUGAUUUUGUUGCGCUUUGGAAUUUCUUGUGAUUAUCGUGUCCUCCCUUUUUGGCUUUACUCCUUGCUGGACGGGAGAGAUGUUAUGGAAUUUUUCGCAUCGUUUCUAUUACUGCUGAUAUCGAAUGGUUGCCCGUUUUAUGAUUUUCUUGUUACUUGCUGCUUUGAAACGAACAUAUACAUCUGCUAGACCUGACACUACGGUUUUUCCAUUCUUGGUCGUAAUGGAGGUCAAUGUGCGGUAAUGACCGUAAUAUUUGGAAAAAAAAAAAAUCAUUAUAUAGUUCACGUACUUUUUUCCAACUCUCUGGAUGAUCGUCGUGAAGCGUUAUAGUCGUAAAUCCGAACGCAAUGUAGCCUUCUCUCGUUUAGGCAGAUCCCCAGUCACCGACAGCGUCAUCGACCAUCUGUCGGUACUUCUGCUGCCCGAAGCACUGCUCUAGGAACACCUUAUACUUGGCUUCCAGCAGCGCCUUCUCCUUGGGUUCGGCCGUAGGCAUCACCUUCUUACCAGGCUUGCUCAUACGGUCCAUAAUAUCCCAAAGAUUCUCCGUGCGACCCUCCGAGUCCGAGCUCGCAGCUUUGGCGCCGAGCAUGGCAGCACCAUGACACACUGCUGCAUGGAUGUAUCUCGGGAUGACCACGGGCAUGUCGCAUGCCGACGCAAUCAGCCGUACCAGGAUGUCAUUCUGACACUGCGAGCCGGACAUGAAGAUCGAGGUGAUAUUGUGUCCGGCCUUGUUCAUCGUUUCCACAAUCUGCUUCGUUUGCAGUGCGAUGAACUCCAGUGUGCCGUAGUAGUACGUUGCCAGUCCGUCGACGCUCUUGUCGCUGGUUAACCCGAAGAUGGAGCCCGUCAUGUUCGGGUCUGCAAUGGGUGAUCUGUUGCCCCAGAGAUCACCGUAGAAGAAAAAGUGGCGGCCGAGAUAGGACACGCACGGUGCUUGUUGGUCUUGCGCCAUCUCCUUGAGGUGCUCGUUUAAGUAUUCGUAGAUGUUGGCGUGGUAGGACUCUGCGAUCGAGUGGGCCUGGUUGAAUGCUGGGUGUGUUUCAAUUACGUGCUUGAGUAGUUCGCCCGUGGCCGACUGCCCACCCUCUGCCAUCCAGAAGCCAGGUAGGAUAGUGUCCUUGUAUGGACCCCAGACACCGUUCACAAAAACCGGGUCCGGCGACAUUGCCAAGUGGCACGUUGAAGUUCCAGCUACCGCCGCUAGCCGAGAGAAUGCUUGUGCCUUGUCGUUCUUGGCCACUUCAUCACUGAGCUGGGCCGCGCCUAGAUUGACCUUGGCUCCGACGGUGCCAAUCCAGCCGGCAUAUGCGUCGAUCACACCACUGCCAAUGGCGAUACCGGCUGGCAGGCCCAACUCUGCAGCGGCCUUUUCACAAAGAGUACCGACCAGUUCUCCAGCACUCAGAUAAUCACCGUUCUAGAAAAAUGAACAGUCAGCGAAUGGGUGCACAUUUUGUUUUCCGGAAUAAGGCUCACCACCCCGUUGACACCGCCCAUGCGCUUAAAGUUAUCCUCGGUCAAAUCACUCAACCCAAUCUCGUUCAAGAAAUCUUCCUGCCAUCCCUUGACGCUGCCGUCUACGCCGACGGGAACGUAGCCCUGCUUGCAGACGACACUACAGAAGCUCCGCUUCUCAUUGCCCGUGGCAAUGUGUGUCAGGGCGUCGCUCAAGUCGUAGAAUUUACAUUUGUCGAAGAGCUCCUUUGGCAUGUUGUUCUUCAACCAAAGUACUUUGGGGAUUUCCAUCUCAAUGGACAUCUUCCCACCGACGUAACGGAGUAGGUUAUGGUUAGUUGCGUUGAUCUUAGCCGCCUCCUCGACGGGUCGGUGGUCUAACCACAGAAUCACAUUGCGGUCCGAGUCAAAGUUUGGCCCGGUCACCGAGACGGGCUCGUCGGUUUCAUGGUCGAAGACUGACAGCGAGCAGGUAGCAUCGAAGCCAAUACCGCGGACGGUCUCGGGACUGAUGUUAUGCUGGCUGAUGGCGCGUUGCACGGAAAUGCAAAUGCAGCGCCAGAUGUCGGAGGUGGAUUGUUCCUGAGCUCGCGAGUCAGUCGACCGUUGUUUGGGCAGGGCCGGCGAAAAGUCUAGUGAUCUCAUACGUAGUAACCAUGCUCCGGCUGCCAGAGCCCAAUAUUUUCAGAGGCCAGGCCCACGAUGUCGCCCUUGGCAUCGAUGAUACAGGCCCGGGCACUGCCAGUUCCGACGUCGAUGCCAAUGAAAUGGUCCAAAUGCACCUGGAGGUCCUCGCGGGGGUCGCUCGAGGCCUGACGGGAGCUCUGACGAGAGGGACGACGAUAGGGCAGCGAUGCCAUGGUGUCGUCAAAGGUGGGUCAGGUUAUAGUUCGGAUGAUGAAGGGCGGUGGAGUUUAGAAAUAUGCUGCUCUAUAGAGUAUGCGGUCAGGAAUCAGAUUGACACCUGAUUUGCUUGGUGGGGUGGGAAGAGACCUAUAGCACUGAUGGAGCGAGAAGAGACGAAGCAAAGAGAAUUGAGGAGAAA